AUGCGUCGGCACUUCCUCUUCGCUGAAGAUGAACGGGAACGCAGUGUAGGUGAGGGCAAGGUCAACCUGCUUCGGCUGUGGCAUAAUCGACGAAUUGCGAUGCUGGAGGGCGACGAGUCUGUGAGCGGUGGGGAAGCAAAUGGACAAGUUGCUCGCGAAGUGACGCUGUUAUGGGACCUGGCCAAGCCCAUGAGCUCCUGUGCUUUGAACCGAGAGGGAUACGUCGGUUUUUUCGCCCGAGCUGCGAAAGCCUUGGUGCUUCCGUUGUCGACUGAUCCGCUCGCACUCGCUGCGGCACAGCGUGACUGGGAAUACGAUUUAGAAGGCACCGGCAGUAUCGGAGAAUCCACCAAAGGGGCCUCAAGUCUGGACAAUGAGCUCAUGUCUUGUGAACAAUUUCGUGAGGCUGUCAUGCAGCUUGCGGAGAUUAUUCUACCUGUUGAAAGCGCAGCCACCCUGUACGUGAAUUUCUUCCGGGAGCUGCGGAACUCUAUCGCAGAGCUGGUUGUGCCGCCUUCCACUAGUGAGCCAGAGCAAGAUGAAACCAUUGCUGCUGAAACAGUGGAUCGCUUCGUACUUCGGCCCCUGAAUCGAAUCCCGAAGAUUGCUAACGAUGCGUUCCUGCAAAAGCUCCCACCAUCAAGCGACUCCUUACGAAGCAUUCGGGGAUUGCAGCCCCCUGAUCAACGAGAGAUGUCGCUCAAGCAGCUUCUACUGAGCUAUAACCCUCGAAAAUUCUCACUCACCCGAGCCUUUCCAAAGAAGAAGACCAGCGCGAAUGGCAACGCGGCCAAUGCAGCAGAAGAAAUGAAAACUGACGCUGCUGAUGCCUCCAUGGCCGUCGCUGAAGACAGCAUGGUCGCGGCAAAGCGGCUACAUAUGGAGCUCGUAGGUUGCAUUGGCUCGGGGGCGACUCCAGUCCGAGGCCGAAAGCUUCACCGUGAGAGUGCAACGCACUGGGAUCCAGAAGAAGCCCUUACUGCUGCUCUAUCCGCGUUCCCAGCUCUUAGAGUCGCAGUGGUGGGGCCACCCGGAUGUGGCAAAACACGGCUUGCCCGAGUGCUAGCGCGACGACUAAGACUAAAGUACUUGUCUCUCGAUGGGGCUGUACAGCGAGCAGUUGAUCGCAAGCUUCAAAUUCGUCAACGCCGCAAAGUUGUCACCCCGCCUACCGAAGGUGAAAAAUCGGUAGGGGAGACACCGCCAGCCACGGAGUCAAUGGAAACACCCGAACCUGACGUGACAACCAGCAAUGAGAACACCGAUGUGGACGAAGAAAUGGACCGUAUUUUUCGAGACGAAGAUUUCGAUGCACUAUGCAUGGGAAAAGUGGUUGACCGGAGAACAGCAGUUGCAUUGCUGCGACUUGAAGCCACUCGAUCCUUGCUCGCUGGUGUCGGAGUGAUCAUGGACGAUGUAUACCCGUACGAGUUGGCAUCAUCAGAAAAUGCCGAGCCCACCAUAGCAACCGAUUACUUAGUCGCUCUCACAGCACUACCCAAUGAGCUCGAGUAUCAACUCAGAGGGUCAGAGCUGACACCGACCGCCGGUCGUUUAUACUCAGCGCGAGAGCUUGCUCUCCUACAGUCGACAAACCCCGAAGAAUUAGCUACGCGAGGAUUCGCAGAUUUUCUCUUGCCACCGAAGAAGGUAGAGCUGCAAGCAGAGGAGUCACAGGAGACGAAUGCUCCCGCUGAAAAGGGAGGCAUUACCGAAGAGGGAGAACCCGAAGAAGGCGCUACCGAAGAGACUGACCCGGAAGAUGGUGACCAAGUUAUUCCCGAAGAGCCUGUGCCACCACCGGAGCCGACUCCUGCCGAACGCAACGAGAUUGAGCCACCCACAGAAGCUUCUUUGCCGUUUGGCUCGAUUACUUUGGCGAAGCUUUUCAAACAUUUUCGUGGGUAUGUGACGCGAAUGGAGAACGAGUUGGCGAUGUACCGAGCUGCUACCACGUCGAACAACCCUUCUGGCUACCAUUUGGUAGCUGUGCUUGCGGUUCAGUCCCUUAAUGUCAUCCGAGAUCACUGCAUCCAAGCGAUUACGGGCACAUCAUUGGGUUUAUCCCGGUUCAGCACUUCCCGUGAGGCCUACGCGGUGUUGUUGCCUGAAGAUCUAAGCGGAUCCAGCCGUGCUGAGAAGAUCAGGUGGCUGCUUUAUGGAGACUGGUCUGCGCUGCAUGAAGCCGAACCCAGCUCUACGACUGAAACAUUUUCCAUGUUGCCCAGACGUGAUGCUAAGCGCCGACUGCUGUCAAAGUGGCGUGAGUUUUGCCCCGUGACAAGUUCUGGCACCGCACUAACACCCGGUGAUCCUGAGUAUACAGCCUGUUACUCUGGUCGAGUCUAUUUGUUGGCCUCAUCAGAUGCCAGAAGAGCUUUUUGCUCACACCCGCUCCAGUUUUUGCGCCGAGAGUUCCCAGCUCUAUCAACGUAUCGCAACUUUUGGCUAGUCAAUACUGGUGUAGGUGAAAUUCUUACGCCUGCGUACUUGGAGGCACUGGAGACUGGGCUGAAUGUUCAGACUGUGUCUGCAUCAAAGCUGCUCAAGAUUUCCCCCAGCAUAUCCAUGGAAAUGCGCCUUAUGAGGGGACAGGUUGUCUCCUCCACUGAAGCUGCAACAGCAGCCUCCGAAGCUGUCAAAGCCCUGCUGCCCAAAUUGAAUGCAUUUUCUGGGUGGAUGAUCAUGGACCUGCCACUAACUCGUGACGUCGCUGCAGUUCUGCUGGAGCACGGAUGCGUGCCCGACGCGAUUUUAGUGAUGAAUAGAGAGUCUCAAGAGGAAGGCGGUGCCGAUACUGAUGCAGUUAGUGCACUAUCUGCGCUACGGCGGCAGCAGUUCCAGGCCGAAAAGGCUGGCGCUGAAGACGUAUCACAAGGACUUGGUGGCACCCCUCGCGUGAUAAACUGCCCACUAUUUCAGCAACCCAGCGACACCCUGGCAGCCAUCGAGCGCGAGAUAAACCCACUUGCACCGCGUUUGGAUAGUGUCGAGGACGGACAGGCUCCACAGCUCGUUGAUGAGUACGAUCCCGCUGUGCUAUUCGCUCCACCACUUCGUGAUCAGGAUGAAGAGCCAUAUAGUCGUCCGCCGCAAGAAGGAGAAGCUGAGAGUGAUGUCACGGAUCCUGAGGCGGAAGCGCAAGCUGAAGCAGCAAGAAGCCGAGCACUACAGCUUCAGGGAGAAUGUGGACGGUUUUGCCCGGUGUCUUGGAGUACGCGUGGCCUGCUGAUACCUGGUCUUCCAUCUCACGUUUGCUGCUUCAGGCAGAAAUUUUACGCUUUCGCUGGUGAAUCGGAGCGCCACGCGUUUGAGGGAAAUCCGUCGGCCUUCAUUCCUACAGGACCUCGUGCAACCUCAAACUUCAUACCGUGCGUGUUGCUGCUCGGAGUUCGAGGAUCGGGACGCGGUCGCAUCGCUGCAGCACUCGCCCAAACGGAAACAGAGCCAGGUAACACGGCAACGGAGUUCAUGAAUGUGGAUCUAGCCGCUGUUUCAACGGAGGCUGAACGCAACCAGCUGCUAGAAGAGCUCAAGCCGGAAGAAGCACGAUUGGCGCAGGAAGAAGUGUCCAUCAGAGCGCUUCAACGAGAGCUUCAUCGUCGACAGCCAACGUCCGAGAAAGCGGUCGCACAGAUCAUUGCUGGAUUGGGGCCAGAAGCUUCACGCAUCCCAACUGCGUCGACUCUGGAGAUAUGUUUCAAGCUCGGACUAUUCCCAACACUUGUGAUUCCCUUGUCAAUGUCAGAAGACGACGUCGUGAACUCUUUGUUGAGUCGGUGGGCUACCAGCUUGCCGCCACCGCGUCGGAAACUUGCUCUUACGCGUAAAAUACAGUCUGCUGACGAUGCAGAAGGCGAGGGGAAUCCUCCAGACGAAGGCGAAGAAGAAGAACCACCGAUAGACAUGGAGGCUGCACGAGAAGAGGAGAGUACGCGGCUGCGUGAACAGUAUACCGAAGAUCAAAAGGCUCUGGAGGAAGCUAUCGCUGCGUUUAGAGCUCGAGGAGUCAAAGUCUGUAACCCGGUGGAUGCGACCGGAUCACCAAGACAAACAACCAAGCACGUGAGACGAAUUCUGAACGAUUUCAUGGCAGGUCGAGAGACGCUUUUCGAGCAUUGCGAGGUGCUUGACAUGUCGGCGGGAGGCGCAAUGCAAAAGAUGCUAGCAUCAGGUGAACUUCUCAUCGGCAAACAUGGCCUUGCGUGCCCAGUAACAGGACGGACAGACUCGUUAUCGGCCGCGUCAGUCAAGGCUGUAGUGCAUCGGGGUCAAAUUUACUUUCCUCGGUCGCGUGAAGCCCGUCGAGCUUUCAUGGCUUGUCCCUCGCGUUACUUGGAGAAAGCUAGCCUUCCCCCAAGACACCAGUUGACCUGCUGCGUAGUGGGGGCUCCAUUCGCAGGUAAAACACGCGUCGCCCAAGAACUUGCGAAUGCUCUCGGACUGGUGUAUGUAUCUCCCCAAAAUGCUGUGGAGUGGGUGCUGCAAUGCCAGGGUGGGUCUGCACUUCGUCGUCGACUACAGGAGAUCACGGAACAACAGCAAAGAAGCCCUUUAUCCGACAACGAUCUCACUCACGAGUCCAUUUGCACUCGUUUACGCUCCUCAGAGUGUCAAGCGCGUGGUUGGGUCCUCGACGGGUAUCUAUUGCAGCAUCAUGAGCUACAGCACAGUCUUCCACAUCCAAGUACAACAGAAGUCGACUCGACCAUUCAACCAGACAUGCUUUUCGUUCUGGAGCGCGGCUUCGCAAGUGUUUGGCAGGAUCAUCAGGGAAAUGUUGAGAAAAAUGAUCUUCGAGCGGCAUUUUCACGGUGGUAUCAGUAUUGGCCAAAGCUGCUUGACGUCUGGACUCGACGCUUUGGUAGUUUCCACGUGCGCCAACUUGAUAGUUCAAGCCACUCGCUCUGGCACGUAGCCGCUCAGGCGCAAGCAUUUCUCGAAGAGCAGCAGCGGUUGGUAGCACACCACGCAAGGGCAAUGGCUUCCGACCGAGCAGCCCGAUCGUUAGGUGUUGUGCGCUCCCGUGAAGCGCUUCAAGCGCGACAGCAUCCUGUUUUCCAGACGUUCUGUCCGGUUGAGCUGCGCGCUGGAAGAUUUUACCAUUCUCGCCAAUCAAACCGGGAGUUGUGUGUGGAUUUCCGUGGCUCUAGCUUCUGGCUUGGGAACCAGCAAAAUCUCGAGCAGUUCCUCGCGAGCCCUGAAGCUUCCGUCGGGUGUUUACCAGGCCAACUUCCAGUUCAACAGGGAGACGAUCCUUGGCCUUCGCAGGACGAAGCGGAGAGCGAGGCGCAGGCUCUGGUCGCAAGGGCCCCAGUUAACGCUUCGUUGCUAAGCCUGCUGACCGUGGCUGAUUGCGACUUCCCCGAGAUGAAAGGCUACUGCCCAGUCACUUUUGCGAUGGGCUCCGGGGAGAAGGAUUGGGCGUCACUACGCCACGGCAGCGUCUUCUAUCGCGCGUCAUACCGCUCGAAAGUGUACUUCUUCGUCUCUGAGGAAGCACGCCGUAAGUUUUGCACCGAGCCAUCGCGAUACACAUCGCAGAGUCUGCCAGUAAAGCUCCCACCGCAGGUGACGCUGGCAAAAAGCUACCCGGGGCAGUUAGAGCAGCAGCUUGGAGCAGCACUCAACGAGGUCUUGCUUGGACUCGGAAGCGAACGUCCGAAGUUCCCACAGAUGUCAAUCCGCGCGUCUGCGUGCGUGUAUCUUGCUCUCUCACUCAAAGCACUGCAGCGGCGCUAUCAACUGAAGGUGAAGCCGGAUCCGCGCUCAGCACGAGACGAAGGUGAGCCGGAUGAGGAGCAGAAGCAGCGCCAGGAGCGUCGUGAAGAACAGGCUGAGCGCGAUGCUAUUGCGCGGCGCGAUGAAUUCGUGCGCGACUGCCGACUUGGAGAGCAGCUCAAAGCUGCGAUCACACCCUCGCACCCGUCUUGUGGCUCAGGAAUCAAGGUCGCUCGAAACAUGCGCGCCGCUCAGGAUUCGCUCGAUGAGUCUCAACAGAUCGAGAAGGAGCUCGGAGACAAUGAAUUCUCAGCCUUGGAAGAGGUUGAAGUACUUCGUCGUCGCUUUGACACCAUCGUCUCCAGUUGUGAUGACAAGCCACUGCCCACGGACCCCUACACUGCGCGAAUGAACGCCAGAGGUGCAUUUCUCAAGUAUACGAGAACAUCAACUCCUAGCUAA